CGCGAGCAGACGGCUGUGACGCGCGCUGAUGUCAGGCGAUCAGCUGUGCGUGUCGCGCGUUCAAUUAACUCGCGUGUAGCGGAGCGUGUUGUGUGUCGUAUCGGUGUUUCUUCGGCGAACAGUUCGUAGUAUCAUCGGUAUCAUUGCGGUAGUGCGCGGUGGUGUCCACGUCCGUGCAUUUACUGGCAUUUUCGCGCUCUCGCGGUGUGAGUUAGCUGGUGAACAAGCGAGCGAGCGAGCGAGCAAGCAAGCUAGCUAGCCAACUAGUUAGCGAGCACAACUCAAGUCGAGUCAUCGUGAGGCACGAGCGAUCACGCUCGGCAGUGAAACGGACGGUCAGGUGGACGGGCGAGCGAGCGAAACCGUCCGUUAUGCGUUGUGCGGGUCGGCGGGGCAUGACGGGAACAGGUGACAAUAGAGCCGCGCCAUGUUAGAUUUCGUGAGAUCGCGAAACGCGCGCCGCCGCCGCCGAUGCUGCCGCUGCUGCCGCCGCCGCCGUCGCUGCUGCUGCUGCCGUUGCCACCGCUAGCUGUUACUACUACAGCCAACUACUCGCCGUCGUGCUUGUGGUGCUAGUACCGCGGGGCAAAGAGUGAGGGAAAGAGGGAAGGAGGAGAUUUGCCACUUUGUUUUCUCGGCUAACGCGUGCGCUGCUUUCCUCGCGACGGUGAUCCACACGAAAAUCAUCCAAGCUGGAUAGGUUACCCGAGUAUCUCCGCGAUACCGUGGACUGGUUUAUGGGAAAAGCCAGACGAAAGGAGAAAGAUGCGGGAACCACGGAGGAUCCGAAACUGUACCUGGAGGAGGCCGCCCUCGAGAGGCAGCUGCCGGAGCUGGACCUGAGGAUGCUCGUGGACCUACCGCCCGGGCUGGAUUACAACGAGUGGCUGGCAUCGCACACCCUCGCACUUUUUGACCAUAUUAAUCUCGUCUACGGCACGAUAUCCGAGUUCUGUACCAUGACGGGCUGUCCCGACAUGACCGGUCCCGGCUUAAGAACGUAUCUGUGGUUCGACGAGAAGGGCAAGAAGACGAGAGUGGCGGCACCGCAAUAUAUAGAUUACGUUAUGACAUUCACGCAACGCACCGUUAGCGACGAGACUAUAUUCCCGACGAAAUAUGCGAACGAGUUCCCGAGUUCGUUCGAGUCGAUAGUGCGUAAGAUCCUGCGGCUACUGUACCACGUGGUGGCACACAUCUACCACUGCCACUUCAGGGAGGUGGCACUGUUGGGGUUGCACGCUCACCUCAACUGUGUGUUCGCCCACCUCACGCUCCUUAAUCAGCGCUUCAAUCUUAUAGACCCCAAGGAGACGGAGAUCCUGGGGGACUUGGAGGCCGCCCUCUUGGGUGAUUCGACAUCCGCGCCUUCGCAGACCUUAGCCAUCCAGGAGACUCCGACCACCACAACCACCACAACCACUUAGGUCGCCACGAUGAUGGUUCGUCGUAGCGGACGAGCAGAGGUUGCAGUUCCUGAGACUAGGUGACGAUAGGCGAUUGACGAUAGCUCGUUGGUUCGUUUGUUCGGUUUCUUUACGUCCCCCUUUUUUUAUAGACCACAUGCGAAAAACAGAAUUUAUUGCGAUCGGCCGGUGAUAGAAAAAGAGAGGAUGUGUGUACGCGUGUGUGUGUGUGAAAGAGAGAGAGAGAAAGAGGAAGUGGAUGAAUACGAGUGAGAAAACGGCGAUUCUGUAAAAAUAAGGAAAAAGAUACCAGUAGUACCUGUACAUAACGAAGUGUGAACAACUACAUGAUGUAAUUAGGUUCCUCCGUUUGUUGUUUGCGAGAUUGUACAUAAUUUAUUAAAUGGUAAGAAAUGCGAAAGAAAGGAAAGAGAGCGAGAGAGAGAAAAAGAACGAGUAAGCAUGAAAAAGAGAAAGAGAGAGAGAGGAAACGUGUAAGGAUGAGGGAGAGAUUGAGAGAGAACGGGAGAACGCCAGGGAGCGAUAGAGAAAGAGUAUUGAUUAUUGACGAAGCUAGUUGCUAUAAGAGAUAAUUUGUUCUGUAAAAAAUGAUACGAUAAUAAUAUUGUAAAGUUAAAGUAAUACCAAAUAUAUACCUGGUGUUAAGGCA